UAUGAAUUUUAAGUUUUACUUAAAAUAUUUUAUGUAAAUUGGAAUGCUCUGCGUGUAAGAGUUAUCGCGCUUGCCAUAUCGUUGGAAAGUUUUUGCCGUGUCCAAAUUAGGAGAGGCAGAUGCAAGCGAUUCUUGGAAAUGAAAACAUUUAGUAAACGCGCAAUGAAAAUCGUGCGCGGUAAAAAUCAGGACCAGGUCGUUCAGAUAGCGUCACCUUUCAGUUUCUUUUAGGACGCUGUGAAAAGUACAAGUGUGCGAGAUAGCUUCAAAUUAUUUUAAGAUCAAUGCAGAUAAAUCAUCGGUAGAGAUAAUAUAUUUGGUAAAAUAUUGCAAAAUGUAAAUUGCUAGUAUUUCUCUUUGUCGGUUGUCAUUUAUUUAGUAUAACAUCCAUGAACAUCUUGAACACUUAAGAGAGUGGUCAUGCUUUAUCGUCGUACAUUGCUUUAAAGAUCGAAAAACUGUGAUGUUGUUACAGUCAUAUCAGAGAUUUUUCCCUAUUAAUGUCCGAAAAUAAUUUGGCAAUGUCAUCUUUCUUUUAAUUACCAAAUUUUUUUUACAAAGAAAAAAUUCAGCAAACAAAACAAAUAUUUUGCAAUACAUUAAUUCUCAAAUUCUGACGUUCAAGGAACAAUGAUUGAUCAAAAAGAGAAGGAAAUGGGAAAAAAUAGUUAAGUUUAAAAUCCUUUAAAUAGGGAAAUCAACACGCUAAAAUGGAUAUUUUUUGAUAUUUAAAUGAGAAUUGUAAUUUUUUAUGUAGAAACUUAUGUUGCCUUUUAAAGUUUGUUUUCAUUUCUAUAUAUAGGCACACAUGUAUAUGUGUAUUACCCUCUUCAGUCAUAAUUUUAACUGCAAGGAUGGAUUUACAAAUGCAUUUCAAAUUAUUUGACGGACUUAAACCGAUUACAAUUUUUCAGAUAAAGUCGUUUAUCAUUUUGUAUGUUACCUUUCUUGUCAUAAUAGAGGGCUGUCAAACGGAGCAUAAGGGAGGAAUUUGCACAUGUCAUGGGUAUUUUUUCGACGAGAAAGCAAAUAUUUGCAAAGAAUGUCUGGCUGGAUAUUUUGGUCGGAAUUGCUUACGUAGGUGUCGGUAUCCGGGGUAUGGAGAACAAUGUCAAGGGGAAUGCUUAUGUACCACAGAAUAUUGCGAUUAUCGGAGUGGUUGUGUCAACAUCAUAGAAAAUAAAACAUAUAUCAGAGCAUGGGAUUUCUCUCGCAAAACCGGAAGUCGAAUUUCUAUUUCCAUGUUUAUAAAAAUCUUUAUAAUAAUAACAGCAGGAAUUAUAUUCCUUUUCUUGCUAAUUUUAACAAGAAUGAUGAUAAUUCAUCGAAAAACAAAGAAUACUUUGACGAAGGCAAAUAUUUCCAACACCAUUGAAGGGAAUGAUCGAAAUACAAUGGAUGAUGAUGUGAUUUCUCUGCAAGUACAUGGACGUAACAAGAAAAGAAAUAAAGGCACUGGUACCAACAAUACAGGGGUGUUUAAAAUAAUGCAAACAGAUACUGUAAAGACACACUCGUAUUCAACUUUUGCAAGCAUUAGAAAUGAAAUGUUGGGUGAUUAUGCUUUUCAAGAUUAUAGACGUUAUUAAAACUAAUUUCUGUCUGUACAUGUAUCAUUAAAUUCUAUUCAAUGUUAUAUGAUGA